AAUAAAAAAAAAAAGCCCUGGUUUCUCACCCGAGUCACCCCAGCCUCCGUCACCCCCCUCCACCCCCGGCCCCCGACCGCGCGCCGCUCGCCAUCGAACCCCCGGCGUGGCCACGCGCCGCUCGCCGUCGAAACCCCCCUCGCAGCGUGCGGCCAGCCAUACAAAAAGUUCGGAACCCUCCCCGCCCCGGGCCGGCCGCGCGACUCUCAUCAUCUGAUUCCGAUUUCCGAGUUCUGGAAAGAAGAGAUGGUUUUGAUCGAAGAGGAUGGAGAAUCCUUCGAGGAUGCUCUCACUGAUGAGCAGUUGCGCGAGAAAGCUUUAAAUCAAGCAAAUGAUGCUAAAGCUGAAGGGAACAAACUUUUCUGUGCGGGCAAGUAUGAUGAUGCACUGUCACAAUAUGAAAUUGCUUUACAGAUUGCUUCUGAAGUGCAAUCAUCGGAAGAAAUUAGUUCCAUGUGCCAUGCGAACCGAGCCAUAUGCUUCUCAAAACUAGGUAAAUAUGAUGAAACAAUAAAGGAAUGCACGAAGGCGCUGGAGUUGAAUCCUCCAUAUUUGAAAGCACUACUUAGGAGGGCAGAAGCACACGAGAAGCUCGAACAUUAUGAAGAAGCUAUUGCUGAUAUGAAAAAAGUAAUCGAGCUAGAACCUUCAAAUGACCAAGCAAGGAAAUCAUUGCAACAUCUUGAGCCAUUAGCAGCUGAAAAGAGAGAGAAGAUGAAGGAGGAGAUGAUCGAAAAACUGAAAGAGAUGGGGAAUUCAGUUUUGGGGCGAUUCGGAAUGAGCGUCGACAACUUUAAAGCUGUGAAAGACCCAAACACCGGCUCAUACUCUAUCUCAUUUCAACACUAAUUACAUAUAGUAGUCCAGGUACCAUCAAAAAGACCAAAAGGAAAAAAAAAGGGAAAUACCUAUAGAGAACAAGGAAGGUUAAAAAAAAAAGCUGAAACAAAUACAGUGUACCGUACUAGUUGAAUUGUGAAUCGAACUUUUGUUGGAUUGAUAACCUGUUCAUUGUAUCACUCUGUUCAUGGAGCUCCCAUGAUCCUUGUUUUGCUGCAGUUUGGUGUAUAAAUGAUAUAGCAUAUGUAAGGAGCAAGGGAUUGUGUUUUCUUUUUCUUUGACCUUUUAUGUUUUUGAGGAAAGUGAUGCAGUGGGUUAUUGUUUCCAAUAUGUUUUCAAGGAUAAAUUACGCUUUUGGUUCUCGAAAGGUGGGGGUGUGAUACUUCAGUCCUUAAA